AUUGGCUGCGCUGGACGCAGCAGGAUACUUCCUGGAAUGUCUGCAACCCAACGUUCCUCCAGGUCUGUUUCACUGGAAAAGUGGUGGUCGAGGUCUUCUUUUAUUCGAAAUGUAAUUAAUAGACUCGGAAUGGUUGGCGUGUGUGAACUGUAACACAAGCAAGGAUGCUAUACCGUUUUCUUGAAACCAGUCUUCUACACAUGCCAAAGAAGUCUUUCGUGUACGGUGCUCAAAACAGAUACUGGAAAUCAAAAGCCAUUCAAAAUGACGACAGAAACAUUGGUGAAGGAUAUUAAACCAGGCUUGAAAAACCUCAAUCUUAUAUUCAUUGUUCUAGAAACAGGCCGGGUUACCAAGACCAAGGAUGGCCAUGAAGUGCGGACGUGUAAAGUAGCCGACAAAACUGGCAGCAUAAACAUCUCUGUGUGGGACGAUGUUGGCAACCUCAUCCAACCAGGAGACAUCAUCCGACUCACCAAAGGGUAUGCAUCUGUUUUCAAAGGCUGCCUGACCUUAUACACUGGACGUGGAGGAGACUUGCAGAAAGUUGGAGAGUUUUGUAUGGUUUACUCAGAAGUGCCAAAUUUCAGUGAGCCAAACCCAGAAUAUGUCGCCCAGCAGUCGCAAAACAAAAAUGUGAGUAUCAGGAUUCUUAACUAACGCUGGGGGGUGAAAUGAAUU